AAAAAGAAAAGAAAAAAAAGAGGAAGUCUAGGGCAAGAACAGAGAGAGUUCAAUUUUGGACAUGGUGAGUUUAAGAUACCUGAGGGAGACAUGUCCAUGUGAUGUCCAGUAAGCAACUGGAUGCUGGAUCUGGAACUCCAGAGGACAUCUGGGAUAGAGAUGAGAUUAGGAGCAGUCAGCAUGGAUGUAAUAACUAAAGUGUUGGGAAAUGGGUGAGAUCCUAAUGGGAGGACAUAAAGCUCUGAGGAAAUAAGGCCUGUGGUAGAACCUUCCGGAUAUGAUUAAGGGACAGAGAAGAUAAGGCUCCAGUGAAGUCUGAGGAAUGGCUAGAGGGAGAGGAGGAAAAGUACAGAACUUAGGGUCAUGGGAAGAUAAGAAUGCAUUUCAGAGUUCCCAGGUGGAGUCUAUUCCACCCCUUCAAUCUGGGAUCCUUGUAACCUUGAAACUCUUUAUUUUUAUAAAGGUAUGGAAGUGAUGCUCUGCAAUUUUGAAGUCUAGGCUUAACUGUCAUGCAAUUUCUGAUUUUUUUUUUCCUCAUGUAAUUCUCUGCUACUAUGUGAAGGAACUCUGGCUAGUCCACUGGAUAGUGAGACCAUAUGCAGCAGAAACAAACCACCCAGCUAAGAUGAGACCACCAGAAGAACCACCCAACUGAGCACAGCUCAACUUGCCAAAAGAUAAAUGAAUAAAUAAAAGGGUGGUUGCUUUAAGCCAGACAAACAAACAAAAAACAUUAUAAGGUUAAGAUUCCUUAGAAUAGGCUUCUACAACACCUUGCAGUUCUCUGUCAUAUUCUCACAUGCAAGUUUCUCAUUCUGGAUAAUAAACUGAGUACAGGGUCUCUGUGGGCAUUAUUAGCUGUUUUAUCCCAGUACUCAGUGCAUGGCCUGGCACACAGUGGGUGCUCAAUGGACAUGAAUGGUUGAAGGGACUAGAUCUAUGGCCGGGAGGGGGGGGGGGGUCCACCAGACUACAGAAGCUGCCUCCAGGAAUAUGUUCCACUGUGCACUUCAUUCUCAAGCCUUGUGGCCCAAGGUGGAAAGAACGUGAAUUGUGAUGUAUGCGGAACAUGGGACCUUGGCGAAUUCCGUAACCAGGAGGAGGAAGAAGUAACAACAGCCAGUGGAGACAAAAAGAACUGCUGCCCCCUUCUCCCCCCUCCAUGUUCCCAUUGGGGAGGUGAGCCCAGCAUCCCAGACUUGCGUGACUAUAUAGGCAAGCAUUUGGAGACUAACUUUACUUUGUUACCCCAGCCCUCAGUGGCUCAAAGGUGGCUUUCUGAGCAGAUAAUAGGCUUCGAAGUAGCACAGUUCCCUACUCUCAGCAAGCCCAACACCAUGGGGAAGGGAGACACCUCGGAGGUAGCACCACCUACCUCAGCCUACCGCUCUGUCAUGGAGGCCUAUGGUUACGAGGUGGGCAAGGUCAUUGGCAAUGGCUCCUAUGGGACGGUGUAUGAGGCUUACUACACAAAGCAGAAGGUCAUGGUGGCUGUCAAGAUCAUCUCAAAGAAGAAGGCCUCUGAGGACUAUCUUAACAAGUUCCUGCCCCGUGAGAUACAGGUCAUGAGGGUCCUGCGGCACAAGUACCUCAUCAACUUCUACCAGGCCAUCGAAACCACAUCCCGAGUAUACAUCAUUCUGGAGCUGGCUCAGGGCGGUGAUGUCCUUGAGUGGAUCCAGCGAUAUGGGGCUUGUUCUGAGCCCCUUGCUGGCAAGUGGUUCUCCCAGAUGACCCUGGGCAUCGCCUACCUGCACAGCAAGGGCAUCGUGCACCGCCUGACCCCCAGCCUUUCUGCUGCUGGUAGGGACUUAAAGUUGGAGAACCUGUUGCUGGACAAGCGGGAGAAUGUGAAGAUAUCAGACUUUGGCUUCGCCAAGAUGGUGCCUUCUAACCAGACAGUGCAUAGUAGCCCUUCUUACCGCCAAACGAACUGCUUUACAAACCACCUCAGCCAGACCUACUGUGGCAGCUUCGCUUAUGCAUGCCCGGAGAUCUUGCUGGGCUUGCCCUACAACCCUUUCCUGUCUGACACCUGGAGCAUGGGCGUCAUCCUCUACACUCUAGUGGUCGCCCGGCUGCCCUUUGAUGACACCAAUCUCAAGAAGCUGCUGAAAGAGACUCAAAAGGAGGUCACUUUUCCAUCUAACUACUCCAUCUCCCAGGAGUGCAAGGUCCAGCUGCUCACUGCCUGUGUGGCACAAUGGGGGGCGAGCUCAGCCAAGACCUCUCUUUCCCCUGCCCUAGAACCUGGUCCUCCAGACGCUACGCCAAGCCACCAAGCGUGCCACCAUCCUGGACAUCAUCAAGGAUCCUUGGGUGCUCAAGUUCCAGCCUGAGCAACCCACCCAGGAGAUCAGGCUGCUUGAGGCCAUGUGCCAACCCUCCAGCACCACUAAUCGGCACCAAUCCUUGGAAAUCAAUACCUAAAAAUGGUUGAAGGAAGGGAUUGGAAGAGGAGCAAAGCAGGAGGGUCUGGGGCUAAAAAUCCUUUAUACCAAAAAUAAAUCUAUUUCUGAUUUAGUUUCAUCA